UUUAGGCACAGUACCUCUGCAUCUGGCUAUCAGAUGUUGCAAGUGAUGAGGUUUACUAUUGAGGAAAUUAAUAACUCUACCAUCCUUCUACCCAAUGUUUCUCUGGGCUAUGAAAUUUUUGACCAUUGUUCUAAUACAAAGAACUUCCGUUCAAUUUUAACUUUUAUCUCAAAGAAUGGCUCAAUAAAACCUAAAGAAAAAUUCAACAACUAUCAGCCUAAAGUGAUUGCUUUAACAGGGCCAUACGGAAGCACAAGGACUAUUACAAUUGCACCACUGAUUACAAUGGGCUUUAUACCAAUGGUGAAUUAUGGAGCUUCUAGCUAUGCAUUAAGCAAUAAACUUCAGUAUCCCACAUUUGUAAGAACAGUUCCUAGCAACAAAGACAUGAUAGAGAUGAUUAUUCACAUCAUACGGUGGUUUGGAUGGAACUGGGUUGCCUUUCUUGGUAGCCAAGACAAUUACAGUUCAGAUGGACUAAAGCUGUUUAACAAGUAUAUCAGCAAUACUGGCAUUUGUUUGGCCUAUCAAGAGGGUCUGAGCCUAAAUGCAAACUAUAGUCAAACGCUAAAAAAGAUUGAUAUGCUCAACAUCAAUGUCAUUGUUGUUUUUGCUGUGCCACAAUAUGCAGUAAACAUAAUCAAAACAGCCAUAGCGAACAACAUCCGAAACAAAGUAUGGAUUGCGAGUGAAACCUGGGCUAUGAAUCAACAGCUUCCAAGAGAGCCAGGAAUUGGGAAAAUUGGCACAGUCAUUGGCAUUACGGAGAGAUUGUUGUCUUUGCCUGGAUUUGAUGACUUUGUCUAUAAAGACAGGAGAACAAUUAAUGCCUAUAGCACUGAGAGUAACGUCCAGAGUAAGAGUAAGGCAUGUAAUCAAGUUUGUGAUUACUGCCCAUUGUUGACCGCAGAAGAGAUAAUAAACGAGAAUCCCUCAUUCUCCUUCACCAUCUAUGCUGCCAUAUAUACCAUAGCUCAUGCAUUACAUAAUGUUCUGCAGUGUGACAAGAAUGUAUGCCCAAAAAACACAAAGGCCAAGCCGUACAUGCUUAUGAGAGAAAUUAAGAAGCUGGAUUUUCCACUUAACAACCGCCAGGUGAAAUACGAUGAAAAUUAUGAUCCAAUCAUCAGUUAUGCAGUUGUGCACUGGCACACUGACGUGAAUCCUCCUCAGUUUGAGAUGGUGGGCACAUAUGACACAUACCCAAAAACUACUUUUACCAUUGACAACUCUCGCUUGCCCUGGCUUACCAAUGAUUCUGUUCCUUUCUCAAACUGCUCUCUUGAGUGUAAGCCAGGAUAUUCAAGGCAACCAGAAGGUUUUCAUAGUUGCUGUUUUACUUGUAAAAAAUGCCCACGUAACAGCUAUGUGGAUUAUUCUCAACGAAACAGCCAAAUGAGGACUCAGCGGAGAAUGGGCUCACACCAUCCACCAGCCUCUAACGUCAGCAGCCCCCUCUACCAACGCAUCCUCCAGUUCCAGGCCCUGAGCUCCCUCCGUCAGCAGGGCACUGAUGUGAGGAAGUUUGCCCUGAGGUUCUGUGGUGCAGCAGAGGCCCCUCAAAUGGUGGAGGAUGAGGGGCUGGACCACCUGACGUUUGGGGAAUUUGUGGAGUUCUUGGCACGUUCCCCAGCUAGGGUAGCUGGAGUGCCUCAGGCAGUGCUCGCCGAGCUGCAGCACCUCCAGUGGUGGCCGACAAAGCUGCAGAAGCUGCAGGGCCCCAGCGGCAAUCAAAAGGGUGUCAGAGGCCUCGUCUGCCGCACCCAAUACCUCCAGCCCGCUUCCAGGCGUCCUGGGCUGAUCUGA